AUGAUCCCGCCACAAACAUCGUUGCAAGAACUGAAAAAUUUGAUUCUCAUGAAUACUGGUAUGGUUGGAAAAAAGGAAAUUACGAAGUUGACUUACAGGAUGCCAAUUGCAGUAGCCAACUCAUUUGUGUAUCCGAAAAUGCAGAUUCAAUCUGACCAGCAUGUUUCGAUGAUGCUUUCUUAUCAUUGUAGCAUUGGAAGCAUCUAUUCAUUGAAACUUUGUGUGAAUCUUCAAGAUAUUGGUGGAAGCUCAUCUAGUUCUAAUAAUGUGGAGCAGGUUAGAAAUUUUGGAUCAGCAAAAUUCGUUCCAUUUCAGGAGAUUGAUACGGCUCGUAGUCCUACCUUUAAUGCCUUUGUGAGGCUGGAACAAAAUAUAGAAAAUCGACAUGCAUGUCCUUCCCCUUCCAACGAUGUUGCAUUCCCAGAAGGUCAUGCUGAUGGCUUGGCAGACACGUCUGAUGAAGAUGAGAUCGAAGAUUUUAGUGGUGACAAAGCAGAAGUUGUUCCUGAAACCCAACUGCUUUUAUCGCGAGACGAAAACAGACCGAACAACUAUGCUUUGUCGGGUGAGAUGGAGCUCGAGAUUGGGUUGAAGUUUCUCAAUAGAAAAAUAGCGAUGCUUGCUGUCAAGAACUACAACCUCCGCAGAAGUGCGGAAUACAAGGUGGUAGAGUCAGAUCAAAGUCAGUAUGUAUGUCGAUGCAAGUAG